AAGACAUUCAGACCCUAAAUUACCAAGUCUCAAAUAUAAUAAUUCUGUUUCACUCCUAUUCUUUACCAAGAAUGUAAGACAGUGUUCUAGAGAGAGAGAAUAAAAAAUAUAUUCCAGAGAGAGAAUAUCUCACGUUACCUUUUUGACAUAUCAAUAGUUCGCAUAAACCUCUCUCAUUUUCUCCAUUGUUUUUUAUUUCAAUUUUCUUUAGCAAAAUAUAAUAAUUUUAUCUUCAUCGUCUGUGUUCUUGAAUCAUAAUUCCAGUCUAACACAGAUUUUUAAUUAAAUUUACUGUUUUUCUUUUUAUCAGCACACCUGAGGUAUUUGGUCAGAAACAGAUAGAAUUAAAGGAAAAAAGAAAAAAGAGAAUUGAACUUUUUCCCCACACACGAACUUCGAUUUGCCUGGUUUUUAUCAUCGAAGAUCAAAUUCUGAUUCGUGCCCAUGGUAUAUCAAUCGGUUUCCUGAUCUGGGCACCGAUUGAUUUCUCAAUUUUCAGAGAAAAACUCAAAAAAGGCGUAGUGAAUUAAAGAACAAAAAAAGACUCGAUUUUAAUUUUUUCUUAAUUCACCAUGGCCAAGAGUACUUCUGCGAGCCUCGACAAAUGGAGGGAGUAUUUCCGGACGGCGAGCUCGGACAUCUUCGACAUAAUCGAGAAGGCAAUAAUGGUGGCCGCCUCCGAUUGUCCCUACGACUUCAAACUGAAGAGGGAUCGUAUAGCAGAGGUGCUCUUCGCCUGCAAAAUCACGAGGUGUUUUGGUUGUGAGAAAUUGGAGCUGGCCGUUCCCGGCGGCGGCGAGUGCCCGGAGAAAAGCGAGGAUAAGUACAAGAGUGGGAUUGAGGCAGGCGGGAGUAAGGACACGAAAGAGAGUAAAGUGAACAGCAGUAACAGAGAUUGUGAUGAUGAUGAUGAUGACGAUGAUAAUGAUGAUGAUAAUAACAGGGAGGUUAUGGAGAUGAAUGUGAAUCAGGUUAGGGAUGAUAGUUAUGGUGAUGUUGAGGCACUUAAUGAUGAGAUUGAGGAAGAAUCUCAGUUUUACGGGGAGGCUUUGAGGAUCAAGGAGGUUCUUGAUAACUAUAAAGAUGAGGCUACAGAGAUUGGUAAAUCGGUUAAUAUUCUGCGGAAGCAUAGUUCGACUGAAAUUAAAAAUCUUGCUCGGUCAUUGAUUGAGUAAGUGUGAAUUGAUUGCUGUGCCUUGUUGAAGCUGAGGUUAACUAGUUAACAUCGUUCAAUUACUUUAUUUGGAAUAGUCAAACACAUACACGUGACCUGCAUUGAUUUUGCUCGUUUUCUUGUUCAAACGCGUUACGUAUAUUUUGCCGGCCAAAAAUAGUAAAAAUUAAGAAUAUGAGGACACGACAAGCGGCAAGUAUAAUCUUUUUAAUUAGUAUUUGGUUCCUUUUUAAAUCUUUUAGAGUUUAAAUAUAAGCGCUCAUUGUUAGCACCGUUUGGAUAAAAUGCAGGGACUGGAAAAUAAUGGUUGAUUCGUGGGUUGAUGCUACAAAAGCCAUUGCAGAUGCCGAAACUCGACCUGAAUCCGUGAAAACUUCCGUUGUUGAAGAAGAAGAAGAAGGCCUGCCUUCUCCUCCAUUAGACGAGGGAGCUUUUUUUACCACCCCAACUUCAAUGGAGCUGUCACAGUUUUUCGACGGCAUGGAUGAUGAUGGAAAUCCUCGUAACUGUGGCGAAUUCAACAAUAACCGUGAAAAGUGCAGAAAUAAACCGAAUGUUGAGAAACCAGGCGCUCGUAAGCCGAAAAUCGAGAGUUGUGAGGAGAAAAGGGACGAACAUUAUAGAAAUCAAGAAACUGUGUUGAGAAAACCAUCCCAAUUAGCACAAGCAGCUCUUCCUAAGCCGAAUGGGCCUCUCGGCAGCCAGCGUGGCCCGGGCAUACCUAAACCUUCCAACUAUGAAUCGGGCCCAGGUAGACCAAAACCAACGAUCAAGCCAAAGCCCAACAGCGAGAUUAAGGCCCAGCAAAAAUUCGAAACGGGUUCUGUCCAGAGGAAGCCCAUGCCUUCUCAAAAGGAGAAGCUAAAUUGUAGCAACGAGACCUCGACUCACAUGAAAUUGGAGGCUGCAAAGAGAAAACUGCAGGAACGAUAUCAAGAAGCCGAGAAUGCCAAAAAGCAACGAACAAUACAAGUCGUGGAAUUGCGUGACCUCCCGAAACAGAGUGUUGUUCAGAGGAAUCCACAAAUGAGGCCCGGCAGCAACCACAAUAACCGGAACUGGGCAAACGGGCGUCGAUAGAUUUUUUUUAAUAUACAAUUUUGUAUAUACUGAAAUAACUUUGUAACAAUAAUGUUGGAGUUUUGAUCACACAUUCGCCUGUCGGGCGAGUGGAAGGACGUGUCGUUAACUAGCCGGUUUAUUCAAUCAUCGAGUGGAAGGACGUGUCGUUAACUAGCCGGUUUAUUCAAUCAUCGAGAAACCGGAGAUAUUGAGAGGCCUUUGGGUUUAUAAUUAUAUAGCCAAGAGAGGCUUUUGGGGUCUAUUUAGUCUAAUGGUUCUAUUAGAUGGAGAUUUGUAGAGAAAAACAUAGAAAAUGUGUUUUUGGUCCAACUUAUGAUUCAACAAAAAGGGACAGCAAAUUGUGUCCAUUCAAACUAUUCUUUGUCUUGUCCUAACCUUUUCUUUGUGCAUACUCUUCUAGAGCUUGAACGAGUCGAGGUCGAGCUUAUUUUCUGAACGAGCUCAAAUUUAUAUGUGAUUUUUUAUAGUUCAG